AUGUCAGACUUUACGGAAAACACAACCCUCCAGCAACGAACGCAACUCCUAGUGGAGUUAAUAGAUUUUACCAAAAAAUGCAACGAGCAAAUACAAGGUAUGUACGACGCACUUGGAUGGACGCCGGACACAGACAGAGCGAAGGAGCCAAUGGAGGUGUGUCCCUACGACCCCGGCCAUCUCAUCCCCGUACGCAGCAUGGAGCGACACAAAGCAUCAUGUUGUCUCAGAAAGAUGGGCUACUCUUCAGAAGAGCAGGCCGCGAUGUGCGACUCUUCCGGGUGCUACGACAACACCAGCGUCCGAAGUUUUAUGAUGGACAAGAAUCUUCAAAACCAGGUGAUCAUACAGGCCAAAUCAGCUGCGCCGCUCAUGAAGAUGGAGGGUGUCUUCUGGAAAGGCCAGUAUUCCCAGCACCCGGUGGACGUGCCACAGAACCACAAGCGAGCCGUGUGCGACCUCACCGCGGCCGACCGGUUGGCGCUUUACGAUCACGUGAUCGGCGUCCUCAACCGAGAGAAGGCCGACGGCGCCUCUGGCAACGACGAGCUUUACGUCGAUUUGGUUUCAAAGCUGAAGAAAGCUGAGCAACAAAAUGAGCCGAAGACUCAUCUGGAGCUGAUGGCGGAAAUGCGGGAUUACAAGAGGAGGCGGCAGUCUUACCGCGCUAAGAAUGUUCACAUCACCAAGAAGUCCUACACGGAGAUUAUCCGAGAAGUCAUCCAGGUGCACUCAGAGGAGCUAAGCAGACAGUGGAAGGAGCAACACCAAGAGGAUGAGGACGAGAAAGAAAAGGAAGAGGCCAGAGAAGGAACAUCUCAAAGGCGUCAUCCGGACGAGCGUCGCUCCGCGUCUUCGGAGUCCCGUCGGUCACGGCGCCGCCGCAGCCGUGAGAAGAGUCGCGACAGAGAACGCAAGAAGAAAAAACGCAAAAGGGAUUCCCGCUCUCCGGAGGACAAACACCGCAAUGGCAAAAAGAAAAAGAAAAAGAAAGAAGAGCGGGAGAGAAGUGACAGUUCCUGA